GCGAGCUGUCAUAACACCGAAUAGCGUUCAAACGUUUUUCUCGCAAUUUCAAGGAUAUUUAAUACAUUUUCUGGCGUUUUUGUUAUGAUUUGCCGCUGACUUUUAGUUCAAAUCACGUUACGAGUGUUUGGAAGAUUUGCUAGAAAUUUUCGCGGGGAACAUGCAACGAGACCCGGAUUCCACACAAACAGCCAUGAAUCAAGCGGAUCAGGUGCGUUUCGCCAAACCGUGUCCGGGCGAAGUGAGUGACGUCAUGCCGAACGAGGACGUCAUCGAUUCAACUGUUGCGGCACUGGAGCCGUCGCGCUUCUUUAUUCGGACCUACGACAACGAGGGCAACUUUAAGGGUGAAUUUGGCUUGAAGAAGCACAGCCCGGUGUAUGUCGGACGUGCCCUUGGAUGCCAAAUCGACUUGGUAGAGCCGUCCAUUUCGCGGCGUCACUGCGCCUUCCAGUACAAAGAUCUCGUCAUCGAUGCCAUGGGCAAAUCCAAUUCGGGCUUCAUGAUUUACGACCUGAAAAGCUCGCACGGCACCUUUUUGAAUGGCAAACGCAUCCCCAGCAUGGAAAAUAUCAAGUUGGAGCACAAUGACAAAAUUACGCUGGGCUUGAGUUCGACCGUUUUCAAGUUUUGGGACUCGGAACACGACGCCUCGUCAACGACAUCGAAGAAAAACAGCGUUGAUGAGGCAAUGUUGGCACAACAACCGUCCUCCACGAGCCAACCGGAGGAGCCAACACGCAGCGACGACGGAUAUUUCGACAGAUACAUGAAGGCCCUCGACAAAUUGAUCGAUAUCACGAAAGAAUUCGAGGAUAAUUCGAUCCAAGUGCCGGAAAACCACAAAAAACUGGCAAAAAAGUUCAUGCAGCAAAAUGUCAAAACGUUAUCGCAAUCUCUUGCCAUGUCGACACUUUUGUCCGAGCUCUUAUCAACAGACAACGCGGCGUCUUCGAUGUCAUCGCCCGACGUUUCACCGUCGAAACGCGGUCGAAAGCGACAAAAUGUCGAUACGUCGUCGCACACAGACUCGCCCAUCGUUGAACCAUCGGAACCGGCACCACCUCCAGCGCAGCAGACCCGCAAACGCGGCAGAAGGAGCAAGAAACAAAUGGAAGCUGAUGCAGCUGUGCAAAAACAAAGCUCGAAAUCCCUGGCGAACGAAGUUCAAAAGCAAAUUCAAGAGAAUUCGGUGCGCACCGAGGAUCCCAACGAGAAUCUCUACAAAAGCACAAACAGUUUCGGUAUGUUGCUCGACGAAAACGAUCCACUGGCAAUCAUCAAUGGACCACUUUUGCAAACGAAUGACGAGGAAUUUGUCCAAAAAGCACCUUUGGUCGUUCCCGCACCGCCCCUCGUCGAAUUUCCCGCCUCAACUCGCGGAAAACGCCAAAUCAAGCCGCCGAAGAAAUUUUUGCCCGACGAAUUUGAGACAUAUUCGCACGGCGCCGAUGACAAACAAACAACGGACAUUCCAAAAAAGCGUCGUGGACGUCAAGCAAAAGCUGCUGCGAUCGUACAACAACCAAUCUUACCUCCAGAACCACUUGCCGGUCCCACGAACGUCGUUGCGGAAACACCGCCGCCGCCGGAACAAGUGAUCCGUAAACGUGGACGCCGCCCAAAAUCUCAAAUUUCUCCAAUCAUGUCGAAUGGUUUGGCAGUUAGUUCGCCAAUUGUCGAUGAAAUUGCUCCCGUCGCCGAAAUAGUCGAGAAACCCGAACAAAAUGACGACGAAAUUCCCGCUCCGAAGAAGCGUGGCCGCAAAUCGAAAACCGUUCUCGCGCCAUUGCAAGUCAUCGAGACAAAUACGACGACGAGCACCAAAGAAGAGUUGCCACCAAAGAAGAGCAAGGCAGAUGCGACGAAGACAUUUACCGGUCCCCUUCUGGAAGACUGUGAUCCCGAUGCGUUCAUGGACGAGCUGCCGCCGUCGCCGCCAAGUGAACUAAUUGCCAUCAACAACAGCGCCGCAGCGAAUUUAAACGUUUUAAGCCUAGCUCUAACCUGAAAAUGUAUUCUUUGACACACAACGCACGACAGGAAAUUCGUUCCUGUUCUAGCCAAUCCCGCUCUAAAAUCCAGAGGCACGCCAGAUAUCCCAAGAUAUCCAGACAUUUCCUGCUGAUGACAUGAUCCAAUCCAAAAUAGACUUUAUGACACUUUUUGAUCCUAAUUGCUAUUCUUAAUUAAUUAAUUAAUAUUAAAUAUAUUUUGUCAAAUUGUUAAAGAAGCAAGAAUAGUAGAUUCGUAUAUUCGAUGUUUUGAAAUAAUAUUAAAAUUAAAAAAAAAAUAAUAAUAAUUUUUUGAUGAUAGACCAAGAAAUGUGAAAAUAAUUACUUAUUAUUAGCUAAGCAAAAAUUUAAAAAAGAAUUGUAAUUCGAUUGUUGAACCCUAAAAAAAUUAAAACAUAGAGAA